GUUGGUUGCCCGCACGGUCAAUUCGCAUCUCUGUUGGGUUCCCUCAGGUGACCUGGUCAGUACGGUAGUUUAUGAUUUCGUUGCUUGCUGCUGAUUUGAAUCCGAAACUGAGUGCAGAGCUACCGCCGCCGCUGCCGCCGGGUGCCACAUGGCACAUGUUGGUCUAUGUUCGAAACACUCUGCACACAGGCAUUCCGCUCGCGUACAAUCCGAAGCGUAUGUGUACUGUCAUCGUUCGUCGUUGCCGCGCCAACCGCAUAAACACUAGCCGAGGGGGUUCGCACUGGUGUUUGUAUGCUGCUAACCAGCCAGUCCGUCAGCAGAGCAGGCAGGUUUCGUUUUGACAUUUCUCCGAAACCGUUCUACACAGAUGUUUUUAUUUGAAUUUUGGUUGCGAUCCGGUGUAGCUCGCGCGUUGAAUUAGAACCGGUAAAUUUGGUGUUAAACUGCGAAGAUCCUAGAAGCUGGUGAAUGUGAUCAAUUAGAAGUGAAGCAAUUGUGCCACGGUGUAGAGGUGAGAAGUGUUAUAGCCUUACAGUUGCUGUUUAUGGUGUUCAUUAUACAGUGCCUUGCUCAACUGCAAUCAAAGUGUAAACAAAACCCCGCGCGUAAAAUAAUUGCAGCUUGCGUCGAAGCAAACAGUGCCAAUCUCUACAUUGUUGUGUUGAAGAAUAAAAAGAAAAAGUAGAGACGCGGGUUUUAAUUGGGCCAAUCCAUCAGCUUAAGUCAAUCAUGCUGACGUUAUCCCACAGCGGCGAUGACCUGGCCAAGUGUCUGGGAGCCGUUACCAUCACCCGAACGCCGAAGGAACAAUUUUCCGAGAAGGGUGUGAUAAUCAACGAAAUUUUCGAUGGAGCAGAGUGUGAUAACUGUCCCGAUCAAUGUCCGGGGUUUUCACCGCACGCCUGGAGAAAAACCUGCCAAGAGUGCAAAUGUCCUCGUGAAACGCAUGCCGUCUAUCACGAACAGUUAACUUCGGUGCGAGAAAGAUUAGGAUUUAAGCAUGACAGCAACACCAGCCGGGUCGACCCGCGACAAAUGGGUUACACCUGGGUUCCCCCAGGUAUACUCACGUCGGCAAAGAUCCAACGAUAUUUUGAUGUAAUCCCGGCGGAGAAAGUUCCUAAAAUCGGUACACAGGGCGAACGGUUCCGGGAUAAACAGCUGGUCUAUCAACUGCCCAAGCAAGACUUAGCCCUAUCUUACUGUAAGCACGUUGAGGAAGCGAACCGAAGCUCGUACGAAGAUUUUGUGGCAGCACGAAACGAAAUCGCCCUGGAUAUAGGCUACGUAAAAGACACUCCAGCUCCGUGCAAGUGUGCCGGCUGUGGCGAUAUGUUAAACCAGGGUGAAAUGGCUGUGACGGCACCGAAAUUUCGAGAUCAAAUCCUAUGGCAUCCGCGAUGCUUCCAGUGCGCAACCUGUGAUGAGCUGCUAGUCGACCUAACGUAUUGCGUCCAUGACGACCAAAUCUACUGCGAGCGGCACUACGCCGAACUGCUGAAGCCACGUUGCAACGCCUGCGAUGAGUUAAUUUUCAGUGGGGAAUAUACCAAGGCCAUGUCGAAGGAUUGGCACUCGGGCCACUUCUGCUGCUGGCAGUGUGACGAGAGUCUAACCGGACAACGGUACGUGUUGCGUGAUGAGCAUCCGUACUGCAUCAAGUGCUACGAGAAUGUGUUCGCCAACAUUUGCGAGGAGUGCAACAAGACGAUCGGCAUUGAUUCGAAGGACCUCUCCUAUAAAGACAAACAUUGGCACGAGGCGUGUUUCCUAUGCAACAAGUGCCGCAUUUCGCUAGUGGACAAACAGUUCGGCUCCAAGGCCGACAAGAUCUACUGCGGAAAUUGCUACGAUGCCCAGUUUGCGUCCAGAUGUGACGGCUGUGGAGAGAUUUUCCGCGCGGGAACCAAGAAGAUGGAAUACAAGACCAGACAGUGGCACGAGAAGUGCUUCUGCUGCUGUGUCUGCAAGACCGCGAUCGGUACCAAAUCGUUUAUCCCUCGAGAACAGGAGAUCUACUGUGCCGGCUGCUACGAGGAGAAGUACGCAACACGCUGCAUCAAGUGCAAGAAGAUCAUCACCAGCGGUGGUGUAACCUACAAGAAUGAACCAUGGCACCGUGAAUGCUUCACCUGCAGCCACUGCCAAGUGUCACUGGCCGGCCAACGCUUUACAAGCCGCGACGAGAAGCCGUACUGCGCCGAGUGCUUCGGGGAGCUCUUCGCCAAGAGAUGUACCUCAUGUACCAAGCCAAUCACCGGAAUCGGUGGUACCCGUUUCAUCUCGUUCGAGGACCGCCACUGGCACAACGACUGCUUCAUCUGCGCCAUCUGCAAGACGUCUCUAGUCGGACGUGGCUUCAUCACCGACGAGCAGGACGUCAUCUGUCCGGAGUGUGCCAAGCAAAAGCUGAUGUAAGGCCGUUUAUUAAUCCCCUUAAAGAUGCACUUCAAGUUAAUCCUUUUACACACGCAAAAAAAAUAUUUACUUGUACACGCUAACUAAGAAACAACGAAACACAGCAAAUGAUAUUCUAAAACAAGGACACAAAAACAAGAUUAGAGCAGCGGGUUGCAGAGCCGAAGCGAAACGGUCGCAGCCCACAACACGCCUAAAAAAUAAGAAAAAGCCUUACACCGUUGUCAAUACGACAAAGCGAAACUAUGGCCAUCUUGCUAAUGAGUAUUUUCGAGGGGAAAUGUUCUCGUUUCUGUAAAAACGAAAGGUUUAUUAUUCUCUAGUGGUGUCGAAAUUUUUAGCACAAAACGAACCACUUUUCUGUUUUGUGACGUGUUAUGUUUUCUCAUCCGGAAUGGACGCAAUAUUAUACUCUUUUAUCCUAUAUGAAAGGUUAGGUUUUGAACGUGUAAAAUUAUUCUAGAUUGAGCGAUUUUUUAAUGCAAAAGAAAUUCAUAUAUUUAUCUGCGAAACCAGACGGUUACUUAUGCUGUGAAUAUAUUUUCUAUAGUUCUUAGAGUCGGCUUUUUUAUAUAUCCCAACAAACCAAACACUCACACGAGAUUAGCGGGAAGCGGCCAAUAUUCACUAAAGUUGCCUUCUACUAUGAACAAGUAACAAAUACCAACACAAACAUACAUACUAAAACCAAUACACACAAAGGUAGAAUACAAAAUCGAAUACGAAGAGACAAGUUUUUUACAGUUGCCCUAGUUUUUAUCGCGCUUUUAAACACACAAACUAAAGUAUUUAUGGCUAGGAUGAAGAAAUGAAAAAAAAAUGCUUUAAUAUUAAUAUUAUUAUAACAGUAAAUCGAGUUAAACUUAACAUUAUAAAUGCUUGUCUCUCCUCCCUCUUUCUGUUCUGUGUCGUUAAUCGUAAGCAAAUUGAAAGCAAACAAAACAUCUAUUAUUAUCCUCGGUCAACGAAGCAAAAUGAAAGAAAAUGUAUUUAAACAAAGAAAACUAAACACUUAUCAAAACUAUUUAAUACUACAGUUACUAAACAUAACCCUAUAUAAAUAUUAUGCUAUUAGAAAUCAGCGGAUAAGAUGAAGAGAAGAAAUCAAAUGUAAAUGCAUUAAGGUUAAACUGUAAGGCAGAAUCAGUUUUUUUAUUUUAAUACUGUUUUCGACAGUGUUUCGUCUAAAGAAUGUUUUACUGUUCAGAUUAUUAUUUAUUCAUUAACACGAGCCGAUUACCAUACUCAACUAUGUUAUGCAACAACAACAACAGCAACAACAACAAGAGAAGAGAAUAUUACGAUUUAAAACCAUUUUUAUCACACCGUGGCGAAGUAUGGUGAAGUGAGUGUACACCCUAUAUCAAAACAAGCGCUAAUCAUUUAUUCACAACAUCUUUGUUAUUACUACACUUACUAUUUUAGUGAUAGACGGGUUUUUUUAUUUUGAAUAAAUAAAUUAUCUCUCCAGUUU